AUGAAAAAUCUAAAAUACAUCGCCUUAGGAAUUUUGGUCAGUUAUUUAGGACUUUAUGUCUAUAACUUGGUUCAAACUCCUAAAGAAAAAGGUUCGGAGACUAUUUUUAAAAUUAUGAAAGGAACAACCGUAUUUUGUAUUGCCUUAGCAGUAUUAUGUGGGUUUUUAGCUCAGCAAACUAUUGAAACCUUACUUAAUACUUACCUAAUUAAAACUAAAAAGCAAGUAAUUAUAGUUCCUACUAAAGGAACCAAAACCGGAACUAAAAAAACCAACUCUAAAAAACUUAAAUCUUCCCCCGUAGACUAUUAUAACUGUUUACUAACUCAGGCCCAAGCAGACUGA